UCUACUCUGCUCUCUGGUUCUCUGCAUCUUGUUCUUCUCCAGGAGGAGGGAACAGUAUGGAAACCAGAAACACCAACUGUUUCCAUUCCCUUUCAUUGCCUGGAGAUCUGAAGACGACCGUUUAUUCAGCUCUAUGAGGGCAUCUGAAACCAUGAAAGAUGGGACUUCGAAGAAAAGCAAGCUCUCAUGGUCCAAGUCCCUUGUAAGAUGGUUCAACAUCAAGAACAAAGCUGACGACUUCCAUUCAGAUUAUGUCAGUAGAGGAGGCGAUGAGGAAUGGCGGGUCAGCAUCACAGGGACAGAAGCUUACUCUGUCAAGCAAAGCAAAACAGAGAGAUUGUCCAGGAAGAAGUCCGAUCAAGUUCGACGAGGAAAGAUCGAUCUUGUUGCCGCUGAAGUCACCGAAACCCAGCACUACAGGAUCUUCGUUGCAACAUGGAAUGUAGGUGGGAACUCCCCAAAAGGUAGUCUGAAUCUUGAUGAUUGGCUCCAUGCCUCACCUGCUGCAGACAUAUACGUCCUGGGAUUUCAGGAAGUUGUUCCUCUCAAUGCGGGAAAUGUUUUGGGGGCAGAAGACAAUGCUCCUGCAAGGAAAUGGGUCGCUCUCAUUAGGAAGACCCUCGACGGUCUUCCCGGCAAUGGCAGCAGCAGCAGCUACCAGACACCCUCCCCUGUCCCCAACCCAAUCAUGGAGUUGGACGACGACUUCGAAGGCGCGACGACGUCGAGACACCAGCAUUUGCUCCACCGCCGCUCGUUCCAGUCCUUGAGCCGUAGUUUGAGGAUCGACGGGGACGUCUUGGCCCCGCAGCCCCGGUUAGAUCGCCGGCAUAGCAUCUGCGAGCGUGUCAUUUUCGCAAACAGGCCAAGUGAUUACGACCCCAGCUAUCGAUGGGGUGGCUCCGACGACGACGACGACAACAUCAGUGGAGAUUACUCCCCUAGCAUGGCAGCACACUACUCGCCCAUGUCGUAUGGCCACGCAGCUUCCUCAUCCAUGGAGGGGCGAGAUAGACCAGGACAUCCAAGGUAUUGUUUGGUGGCAAGCAAGCAGAUGGUGGGGAUAUUUCUCACUGUAUGGGUGAGAGGAGAUAUAAGAGAGAGCAUAAGGAACCUAAAGGUCUCCUGUGUUGGUAGAGGUUUGAUGGGUUAUCUUGGGAACAAGGGUUCGAUUUCGAUUAGCAUGUGUUUGCACCAAACAAGCUUCUGCUUCAUCUGCAGCCAUUUGACUUCUGGGCAGAAGGAUGGAGAUGAGCUGCGGAGGAACUCUGAUGUGAUGGAGAUCCUGAGAAAAACAAGGUUCCCUCCGGUUCAUGGUGACAGGUCACCUGAGACCAUCCUUCAGCAUGAUCGAAUAAUUUGGCUUGGAGAUCUAAAUUACCGCGUUGCUCUUUCGUAUCGCGCGGCCAAGGUACUUGUCGAAAUGCGUAACUGGAAAGCACUGCUGGAAAAAGACCAGCUUCGGAUAGAAAGGAGGUGUGGCCGCGUCUUCCGGGGAUGGAACGAAGGAAGAAUAUACUUCCCUCCCACAUACAAGUAUUCAAACAACUCGGACCGCUACGCUGGAGAUGACAUGAACCUCAAAGAGAAGCGUCGAACGCCUGCAUGGUGCGAUCGCAUCUUAUGGUAUGGAAGAGGCCUCAACCAGCUCUCCUACGUUCGUGGCGAGUCCAGGUUCUCUGAUCAUAGACCUGUUUCUAGCAUUUUUACAGCAGAAGUCGAGUCGAUUAAUCACCGCCGAAUACAGAACAUGGAUUGCGCUGGCUCUCAAGUAGACAUCGAAGAGCUUUUGCCCUUCUCAAAUGGUUACACAGAUCUCGGUUUCUUUUAAAGAUUGCAAGCGGUCAGAUGCUCUAAGCUCUAUCCAUCCAGAGUUCCUAGAGAACAAUCUCUGCAAUCAAACCAAGUUCAUAGACGUAUUUGCUUGUGGAAGACUGAUAGGAAACCUGGAUCACUGAAUCAAAAGUCAGCAACAUUUUGCUGUGGUCUUCUGACUGAUGGAAGAAGAGACUUCCCGUGAAGACUAAUCGAAGGCAAAGAUGGAUACUCUUUUGACAACUUAUGUUUGAACUGUAUAGUAUCAAUACGUC